GUGCGCUCUGACCCGACCCUGGCCACCCCAGCUGCAACUGCAACUCCAGCUCCUGAACCCUCCCCGCGGUGACCGUUCAGGAAUUCUCCAAACCAUCAAACUCAGCGCCAUGAAGACCCUUACUGUGCUUCAACCAUCAAACUCUCCGCCAUGAUGACCCUUACUGUGCUUCUAAUCUUUGCCCUAGCCCGCGUCGCUGUCGGCCAGUUGGCUAGCCUCCCCUCGUGCGCUCAAGAUUGCGCCGACCAUUACCUGACCAAUUCCGGAGACUGCGGAAGCGACCCCAAAUGUAUCUGCUCAAACAAGGACUUCCUGAGCAACAUAGCCUGCUGUGUGGCUGCUGUGUGCGACCAAUCCGACCAGGCGUCGGCUAUCUCCGUUGCCGUCGACGUAGGCUACAUAUCUGCCCGUAACCCGCCCCGUUCACAAUCGAUCGAGGUAUCUAAUCAUCGACUCUCUUGCUUCCUGACCCUUUAGUUGUGCAGCGCCUUUCAGGUGACCAUCCUCCCGACCAGCGCC